AUGGCAAGACGGCGAUUUGGGCAUGAGGUAACAAGGCCGGGGCGCAAGCACGGUGAUGAGCCUGUGAGCAUUCCUGUGGCAAAGGACCUGGAGAAGGCUCCGGAUUCUCUGCGACGGGAUCAGGAGAUUACCUUUUACUCGCGGGAGUAUCCGCUGGAGAGCUUUGCGCUGGAGCAGAGCGCGUCUGUGGAGUGGGCGGACGGGAUACGGCGCGAGUUUUCGCCGGAGACGGCGGAGUUGUACGAAGAGUUUCAGGAAGACAUGAAGCCCGCCCUUGAGUGGGUACGCGCGAGCGGGGAUCUCGAGCCGACGGCAGAACCGAGCGGCGAUGAUGUUACGCAGUCCAUCAGGGAUGUGGCGCGGGAGCUGGGGUACAGCGAGGUGGGGUUCACUCGGUUCGACCGACGCUACGUGUAUAAGGCGCGGCAGGACGAUGUAAGGCGCGGGCUUCCGAAUGCGAUAUGCCUUGCGCUUGAACAGGAGCAUUCGGCGACGCAGACGAUGCCGAGCCUUGAUGCGGAAGUGGCACAGGGGGCAACUUACAAGCAGCAGGCGGAGUUGGCGAAGAAGCUCGUGCAGCACAUCCACUCGCUGGGGUACCGCGCGCAGGUGUCGGGACCGACCUGGCAGUUCGGGCCGAUGAUACCGAUGUUCGUUGAUGCGGGGCUGGGGCAGCUCGGCGUUAACGGGCAGCUGCUGUCGCCGCACUUUGGGUCCAGGGCGCGGCUGCAGAUCAUUAUCACGGAUGCUAGGGUCACAUACGACAGGCCCGUGGAUUACGGUGUCCCGAAGUUCUGCGAGAUUUGCCAGGUGUGCUUCAUGCGCUGUCCGGGACGGGCUAUCCAGGGGCAGCGGCUGUGGUAUCGGGGUGUUGAGAAGGCGAAGCUCAUCGCCAAGCGGUGCCGUCCCGUGAUGACGCGAUACUCGGGGUGCGGCGUGUGCAUGAAGACUUGUCCGAUACAGAAGUAUGGCAUGAAGCCUGUGAUGGAACACUACAUCGAGACCGGCGAGGUGCUAGGCAAGGGCACUGAUAACCUUGAAGGGUAUGAAUUGCCGGACAAGGGAUAUUUUGAGGCAGGUAAGCUGCCGCGUUUCGACACGGAGUUCUUCAAUAUGCCGACAGGUCGGGCGGAGGACCACCUGAUGGACGAUCUUCAGGACAAGCUGCAAUCGGCGUCAGGCUCUGAGGACGAAGAUGGCGCAUGGCGCGAGUACCGCGAAAAGCUUGAGGACACCUUGAACAGGCAGUCGGCAGUGGUUGACAUGGGUAUGGACCUAGGUAUCUGGGGGCGGUAG